AUGGCCCUGUUGCAACUGGUAACCAACGACUCUGGCGAGCUCUUGAUUCUAAACCAAAAUGUCUACAUAAGAAGCGAGCCUGGCAUCAUAAAGUUCAUAGGCCAGACAAAAUUUGCUGAUGGAAUUUGGAUUGGAAUCGAACUAUCCAAUUCAAUUGGCAAAAAUAAUGGCUCAAUUAAUGGGGUAUCUUAUUUCCAAUGUGAUAAAAAUAUAAAUAAACCAUUGCUUGACCAAAAAAACUAUGGUGUCUUUGCAAAACCGAAAUUGGUUUCGUUGAAAAGUUCUUUAUUAAAUAGAAAUUCGGUUUCUUUUAAUCAAAACACUAAUAAACAACCCUCGAUUGAUAAUAAUAAUAAUAAUAACACCACUACUGCUACUGCUAAUAACAAUCAUAAAAAAAGCCCAUCCACAAAUCUACCCUAUUUGAAAAAAAAUUACACCUUAAACCAACAAGAUAGACUGAACUCUCUGGCAAAUACAACCACUAAUAUUAAUACUAAUGCUCCUAAUUCGACUAUCAAUACUGCGACUAAUAACAAUAAUAAUAGUCCGAUUUACUACCCAGUAAAUAUCUCAAGAAAUAACUCGAGAAAUAACUCAAGGAACAGUUCACGAGUCGAUCUACCAUACAAUCAAAAAAAACUUUCAAACAAUUCAAGACCUUCCUCAAGAAUUGGUCUUUUGACUCAUUCUAAAACAACUUCAAGAAUAGAUCUCAUGAAUCACUCAAGAAAUUCCUCAAGAAUCGACUUAAUAAAUCACUCGAGAAAUUCUUCGAGAAUUGACCUAAAUAAUCCAUCCAAUCUCCCAAAUUCCUCAAAUCCUUCACAUCCAUAUAAAAACCCAUCUAGAAAUAACUCUAUUUCCAAUUUAUCAAAUUUAUCAAGAACCUCUUCAAGAAAUAGUCCCAUCUCUCCUUCUUCUUUUAAAUCGAAAACUACUACCACUAUUACUAAUAAUAACAAUAACAAUAACAAUAAAUCAUUGGUGGAUGAAAAUAAAAAAUUACAAUCAAUCAUCGUAAUCUUACAAGAAAAAACUAAAAACCUAAACAUCGAUUUAAACUCUCUAUUAAAUAAUUUUAAAAAUCUAUCAACUGAAAAUAUCGAUCUAAAAAGAAAAAUAGAUCAACUAGAUGAAAAUUUAGAAAUCUUAACCAUUGAUAAAGAAACUCUAGAUGAAAAAAAUGAAAUCUUAAUUGAAAAUUUCAACAAUUUAAACUUAAAAUAUCAAGAUUUAAAAAAAAAUUACCUUUUUCUUCAAAACCAAUUAAAUCUAAUCAAAAAUCUUGACGACCAAAUCAAUAAUCAAUUAAUCGAUGAUAACAUAAAUAAUAAUGAAUUAUUAUCAAUAGAUAAUCUAUUGAAAUCAAAUAAACUACUAGAAACUGCUCUAAUUAAAUUAAGAGAUGUAUCCCAAGAAAACGAAUCAGUUCUAAAUCAAAAGAUAACUGAUUUAUCAAAUCAAUUAUCUGAUUAUAAUGACUCUCAAAAAAAGAUUCAAUCACUAUCAAACGAUUUAAAUAAAUCAAAAUCUCAAAUUUCAAACCUACAAUCUCAAUUAGAUUCUUCUCUUGAUUCAAUAAAAUUAAUUGAAAGUCUAACGGAGAAAAAUUUUGUUCUAGAAGAGAAAAAUAAAAAAUUAAUAAAAGACGUUGAAGAAUUGGAGGAUUUAAAAAAUUUGGCUGAAGAUAUAGAAGAAAUGCAUAAUGUAUCUGAAAGAGAAUUAAGAGAUGACAUAACUAAAUUGAAUAACCAAUUAGAAACUAAUAAACUUAAACUAUUAGAAGUAGAAAGAAAAAAUAAUUUCAUGUCCGAAAUUAUUAUAAAACAGAAACAAAAAUAUGAAUCAGAUGUUAAAGAUUUAUCAAUUUUAUUAACUAACAAUGAUAAUCCAAUAAAUGAAAAUAAUAAUAACAAUUCUAAAAACAUUAAAAAUGAUAUCUCUCUUGAUGAAGAUAAUACUUAUUUUAAUAAUUUCAAAUCUCAACUAUCAGAUUAUAAAUCAAAUCUUUUGAGAUCUCAAAAGGAAAACAAUAAAUUAACAGCCUUGAAUGAUAUUUUACAGUUUGAUUUAGAAUAUUUUAAAGACUUAAAUAAUUUAAUGUCUUCUGAUAAUUUUUCUAAAACAAUUAAAAAGGAUGAUUUAUUUUAUCAAUCAUUUUCUAAGAUCAAUGUUGAAUUUAAUUGUUUUUUGAAAUUCCAAAAACUCUUUAAAUUAAGUUAUUAUAUUUCUGAAUAUAUUUAUAAAAAUACAAAUGAAUUAACCUCAACUGAAUACUCAAAGGCCUCAUUGUUAUCGUUUAUUAAAGAUUUCUAUUUAUUAUCAUUGUUCUUCAAGAAAAUAUCAGUUGAAUUGAAAAAUAAUACAGAUUUCUUUGAUAACAAAAUUCAUUAUGGAGAACUUUUAAUGAUUUUAUCAAAGGAUUUAGAAAUAAAAUUUUUAGGAAUACUAAAAGACUUGAUUAAUUUUGAAAUUAAUCAAAAUAUGAGUGGUAUUAUUCUUGAAAUCAAAGAAAGGAUAUGGAAGGAUAUUCUUAAAAAAAAUAGAAUAAUUGAUUUUGAUAUUAGUGAUAGCCAAUCAGAAUUAGAGAUUUGUUCCGAAAUAAAUAGCAAUACAGGUGAAGAUAAGGAUAUAAUAAGUAAAACUAAUGGCAUAGAGUUUUCAAAUAAAAAAUUAAACGAUAAUCUUAAUAUUAUUUAUUAUUAUGAAAAUAAUUGUUCAUUUAAUUUUAAACAAAGACAAGAUUUGAUAUAUUAUUUGGAUUUAUUCAAAAUUUUGAUUAAGAUCACAAAACAAAAUUCCAUUUUAAUUAAAGAACUUUUGAAUAAUAAGUUUUUAAACUCACUUGAGAAAAAUAGUAAUAGUGAUUUUAAUGCUAAUAAAUCAAAUGAAAACUUGAAAUUGAUGAUUAACAGCGGAGAUAAAAUGUUGAUAAAAAACUUGAUUGAAUUUAUUAAUUUGACUUUAUUGAAAUCAAUGCAAGCAUUUCAAACAUUGAUAGAUGAUUUAGAAAAUAAUAUUCAGGGUAAUAUGAUACCAAAUAAUAAAGAAUUUAUUAAAAAUCCAAUAAAUUAUGACAAUUUUGUUGGGUUCUAUAGCAUGAUAAAUAAUUUGUGGGAAGAAAUUUUUGGAAUAACUAAAAAAUUGGAAAUAGAGUGUAACUCAUUUGAAUUAAAUUUUAAUAUCGAGAACAUUUAUCAUUUAUUUCAGAUAUCAAAGACAACUUCCAAAUUUCAAGUUUUUAAUAAUGCAAUUAAAAUGGUUAGUGACUUGAGUGAGGGAUUAGAGAAAGUUAAGUUAAAUGUUGAGAAUAGUUUAACAUUGAAUGAAAAUAUAUUUGUUUUAGAUAAGAAACCAGCUAAAUGGAUAAUUGAAAUUUCUGAUUUAUUUGAGAAAAACCAAGGAAAUUAUCUAAGAAUUAAUGAGAUCAAGAAAUUGAGUUUAGAAUUAGAUUCCCUAAAACAAGAUCAGCAAUUAAAGCUUCGAAUAAUUGAUGAAUUGAAUUUGAAGGUGGAAGUUUUGAAUAGCAAACUAGUUAAAGCAGAGAAAAACAAUGUCAUAAUGAAAGAUUUGAAAAACCAAAUAACGAAAUUAAAUGCAGAUUCUAAGCAAAUGAACGAAAAUAUUAAAAAAUUAAUUGGGAUAAACAACCUUCAAAGAGACACCAUUGAGAAAUUAAACACAAGAAAUCAAAUGAAUUUUUACAACAUCUCAGACAAUAGGUUUUUGAAUUUGGUACAGGAAAAGAAGACAAUUAACAAAAUUGAAUUGGUUUCAGAAAUAUAUUCCUUGAGAUCAAUUAUUGGCUACUUGACUAAUCUGACCAAAGUGAAUUCUGGAAAAUCCAACAGUUAUUCCACAUUUGGAGUGAGCAAGACUUUUGAGUGGCUCGCAGAUGAAGACAGCAUUACUGAAAAAUGCCAGGAAGAGAAAAUCAAGACAAUGCCCUUGACAGACCUGUUUUUGACAGACGACUCUAUUUACAGCAGAUUGAGAAGCACUGUUUACAGCGAAUUGUUCAGCAUCGUCAACAGACUGAGGAUAGUUGGACUAGAACAACCAGCAGUAGGGGUCGACGCACAAACACGCAACUGGAGACACAGACCAUAUGUAUCCAGAUGUAAACUUGCUGGAAUCAGCGCUAAUAUGCAGCUGUGGUACGUCAGAAGACAGCGGAUUGUCGCCCUUCCUCUGGAGCCCGUCUCCCAAUUGGGCAAAACAUAA